AUGUUUGGGUAGGGAAGUGCGAAGUGGGAAGUUGGAAGUGUGGCGGGAGGAAGCUUCUUCUGAAAUCUUCGUGGCGAUAUGGGGGCCGAAGAAGUACAGGGUCCCCUGCCCAAGAAGGACAGGAAGGUUCCUCUCAUUCUCGGACUUCAACCAUCUGCCCUUGUUGAUCAUGUCGCUAGGGUGGAUUGGUCUUUGCUCGACCAGAUUACCGGAGAGAGAGGUGGCUCUCAGCCGGUUGCUAUUGAAGAGCUGGAGCAUAUAUUAAAUGAGCUGAAAACCCAUAUUCUUCCAACCCCUGAUGAUCCAUCUCCUAUCAUAACAAUAGCUGGCGGUAGCGUAGCUAAUACGAUCCGAGGUCUGUCUGUGGGCUUUCAGGUUACAUCUGGAAUAAUUGGUGCCUUUGCAGAUGAUGAGCAAGGCCGCUUGUUUGUACAUAAUAUGAGCUCUAAUGGAGUGAACCUUUCAAGAUUGAGGUUGAAGAAGGGACCCACAGCACAAUGUGUUUGCUUGGUUGAUGCAGUUGGCAAUCGGACUAUGCGACCCUGUCUGUCAAAUUCUGUUAGACUCCAGGCAGAUGAAUUAAUUAGAGAGGAUUUUACAGGUUCCAAGUGGUUGGUUGUGAGAUAUGCAAUUUCCAAUCUGGAAGUUAUUCGUGCGGCAGUUAGGAUUGCUAAACAAGAGGGAGUAUCUGUCUCCCUGGAUUUGGCCAGUUUUGAGAUGGUGCGAAACUUCAAGACAUCUCUUCUUGAAUUACUUGAAUCUGGGCACAUUGACCUCUGUUUUGCCAAUGAGGAUGAAGCAAAAGAGCUGCUAAGGGGUGAGCAAAAUGCUGGUCCAGAGGCUGCUGUGGAGUUCCUGGCGAAACAUUGCCGAUGGGCUGUGGUUACAUUAGGCCCUAAUGGAUGCAUAGUGAAACAUGGGAAAGAGAUGGUCAGAGUUCCAGCUAUAGAGGAAACACAAGCAACUGAUGCAACUGGAGCGGGUGACCUAUUUGCCAGUGGAUUCUUGUAUGGGUUGGAGAAAGGGCUGUCUCUUGAGGACUGCUGCAGAGUGGGCUCCUGCAGUGGCGGGUCCGUGAUCCGUUCACUUGGCGGCGAGGUUUCACCAGAGAACUGGCAAUGGAUGUAUAAGCAAAUGGAAGUAAAAGACCUCCCCCUUCCUGAUUUCUGUAAGCCCUAAGGGCAGAUUGAGGCAUUUCUAGGCCAUUCAGAAGGAUGAUUUUCACUUUCAUUGUGAGUGCUGACUGUUAGGUGAAGGGUAGCUACAGGGCCUUGUUGACAGCUAAGAGAGAGACCAUCUAGCUUUCAGAGGCUACAAGCAAAAUAGGCAGCGGGGUGGAAUGAUGGGAUGCUUUGGAGGAGACUCAAGUCCUAAUUCCGGAGCAUUCUGCUUUCUGCUUGCUACUACUUGUUUUCUUUGAUCUCAUUACUGAGUUCUGAGAAGACUAACAAAGAUGCUUGGCUUUUGAUUCUAUUUGGAUUUUGUGAUGCUGAGUUAACUUGGUUACUUCGAUCUGUUCCUUGAAAAAUUAACAGAAUUGGUGAGCCGAUGUGCAAUAUUGUUCAUCCAUUUGUAUCCCACUAUGAGGAAGCAUAUGCUUGGCAAUGUACUUCAGAAUGUUUUAUUGGUAAAUUUAUUUCAGUUCUCCCCUGCAGCAUCAAUCUGCAUCAUCCAA